AUGGAUGUGUUCAAUGAUCCAGUCAGCACUCCAUGUGGACACAACUUCUGCAAGAUCUGCCUGAAUACAUACUGGGACAACAAUCUAUACUACAGAUGCCCAUGUUGUAAUAAAACAUUUGAGCAGAGACCUGAACUCAAUAUUAAUAUUAUAUUGAGAGAUCUUGUGGAUCACUUUAAAAUUCAAGUUCCUGAAGUUUUCUGUAACAUCUGUGACGAAGUAAAGCUGAAGGCUGUGAAGUCCUGUCUGGUUUGUCGGAAAUCUUACUGUAAAAUUCACCUGGGGUCACAUUUGAGAGAGACAGGUUUAAAGAAACACAAACUGGUUGAUCCUGUGAAUAAUCUGCAGGAUUAUAUAUGUCAGAAACAUGAGAGACAUCUGGAGCUCUUCUGUAGAGAUGAUCAGACAUGUGUGUGUCUCAUCUGUACUGAUGGAGAUCACAAGAAUCACAACACUGUCUGUUUAGAAGAGGAGAAAUAUCAGAAAGGCUGGAGACCUCAGCAAAAGUUUCUAUUUGCUUUCCAUUUAAUCCCAUUGCUGUUUGAGAAAGUCAAAUCUCUUAAGUGGUUUCUUGUUCCUGUGGGAAUCUCCCUGCUGAUGCUCUUCUGCUUUUCUUCUACUGAUGUUGAGACUCUCAGCAUUAAGAAACUGUUUGAGUUUAAGUGGAUGCAGCAGUAUGCAGUGGAUGUGACUCUGAACCCUUAUACAGCUCAUCCAAAUCUAAUCCUGUCUGAUGAUAAGAAACAAGUGAGAUAUGGAGACAUCAAGCUUAAACUCCCAGAAAACCCAAAGAGAUUUGAUUAUUAUUUAUCUGUCCUGGGAAAGGAGGGAUUCUCAUCAGGAAGAUUUUAUUAUGAGGUUCAGGUUAAAGGAAAGGUUGGCUGGACUUUAGGUAUAGUCAGAGAAUCUAUUAACAGGAAGGGAGUGACCCCAGUGACACCAGCGAAUGGAUUCUGGACGUUAACUAUGUGGAAUGAGAAUGAAGCUGGUCCUGAUGUAUUUCUGUCUGUGAAAGUGAGUCCACAGAAAGUGGGUGUGUUUGUGAAUUAUGAGGAGGGUUUGGUCUCUUUUUAUGAAGUGGAGUCCAGAUCUCAUAUCUACUCUUUCACUGGUCAAUAUUUCAGUGAGAAACUCUAUCCAUAUUUUAACCCAUGCGAUGAUAAUGCAGGUAUAAACUCAGUCCCAUUGAUCAUCACACCUGUCAUUUAA